AUGGACCACCAAGCUCUAAGCGACAUGAUGUCCGUACGCGACUUAAUGAGAGCGAUGAUCAGGGAUCCAAACGGGAAGGGUAUAGGUUCAUUAGGCUACGACGGUGUGCUUCGUACUUUUGAUGCGGAACGGAACGUCCUUGAUGCAAUUCGCCUCAACCCGGCCCAGAUCAGAGAAUACUACGAGGGUCUACCGAUGCCCGAGAGAUUCCUCACCGCCGACGGCCGCAACGUAUCCGAGCGGGACAUGUUCCACCCUGAUGCGGAGAAUAUUCCCAGGAAGCCUACAGAGGAGGACAGAGCCAGGACUCGGGCACACAACGAGGACUUGCGAAGGCGCGGAUUCACGUGCUGUGUACCGGACAAGCUGGCAGACGGCGGUGAACCGAAUCCUAAGUAG